ACUCUGCCGCCGCGCUCGCCUCACGCCGGCGGCGCUGACCGGGAAAGCAGCACCCUCUGCUCUGCCAGCCGGCUGGUGGAGGCGGAGGCAGCGGCAGGCUUCAGGCCGCCGGGGCUGGCGCUGUUCUGCCCGGCGGGAGCCGGAGGCCGGCGGAGGCGGGCGCUGAUGGAAGUGUGAAGAGGCGGCGGCGGGGCCCGGGGAAUGUGAGGCGGCGCGUGGCUGCGGCGCGGAGCGUGAGAGACGAGGAGCAGGGGUGGGGGCGCUGGAGCGGCGGCUGCGCUUCGGCUUCGAGCCCAGCUCUCCUGGCCCCAACGCGGGCUUAGCCUCCCGCCUUGGCUCGGGCAGGCGCCCGUCGACCCUUCGGACCCUUUCGCCCGCCCUGGAGCUGGGGGCAGGGUGCCAGUGGAAGCGUGGGGCUUGGCUCUGUGAUUCAUUCAUUCUCCGCCGACGGGAGCCUCAGACCCGCUGUGUUCUGAAGAGAGGAGGGAAGAGGGGGCAGCCGCGAAUGAAGGGCCGAGCACCAGCCGGGCUCCAUUGUGCUCGGCGGCGGGGGGCGGGAAGGGGCUGAGGGAGGUGGGAUCGGGCCCCCUCCUCCAGCUCCCCGGCGUGCGCUGCGCCUCCAGCCUGCUGCCAGCCUGGAAAUGGCUCCGUUUAUUCUCCUCGGGAGAAUGAAUCGAUCCUGCCUAGCCUUCUCUUCCUCCUCCCCACCUCUUCUCUGCUCCGAGUCUUAGGAGGAGAAACAUUUAAAAAGACAGAUUCCAAUGUGGAGUGCCGUGCAGGUUGCGAGCUGCCGGGUUUGCACUUCGAGGAGAUUUUUCUGUGUAGUUUUUUUCCUAAUGUGAGCGCAGGGAAGCCGUGGCAUUACUGCUUUUGGGAUUUUUAUUCACGUGCACGUCGCGUUUGGUUGCUCGCUCCACCCCCGGGGACCUGGUGUGGUGGAGAAAUUUGAAUCCGCAGCCUUAGCUCCGAAAAGGCCGAGUUACCUGGCUCUCCCUGAGUGUCGAGGAGGACGUGAGUGAAAUGACCAGCGAACUCAUUUUUUAUAGGACUCGGUGAAGCCGAAUUCUGCAUUUCCUUACUUAUAGACUCAUUUUGUGGAAUAGAGUUGAUCGCUGUUUCCUCCGCAAAGCAUAAAACUCGAAUAAGCAAAUGCCGCCUCUGUUUGAACGUUUUGGUAUUUACAAGAGAGAAAUCAUUUUACCUAAGAGAACUAAUUGAAUUGGCAGCAUCCUUGAAAUACCUCCGGACAAGGAUCUGGGGGUGGGGGUGGAAAAGCAACUGCGAAAUAGCAGACGGAGAAAUUCCUUUGGAAGUUAUUCCGUAGCAUAAGAGCUGAAACUUCAGAGCAAGUUUUCAUUGGGCAAAAUGGGGGAACAACCUAUCUUCAGCACUCGAGCUCAUGUCUUCCAAAUUGACCCAAACACAAAGAAGAACUGGGUACCCACCAGCAAGCAUGCAGUUACUGUGUCUUAUUUCUAUGACAGCACAAGAAAUGUGUAUAGGAUAAUCAGUUUAGAUGGCUCGAAGGCAAUAAUAAAUAGUACCAUCACCCCAAACAUGACAUUUACUAAAACAUCCCAGAAGUUUGGCCAGUGGGCUGAUAGCCGGGCAAACACUGUUUAUGGAUUGGGAUUCUCCUCUGAGCAUCAUCUUUCGAAAUUUGCAGAAAAGUUUCAGGAAUUUAAAGAAGCUGCUCGACUAGCAAAGGAAAAAUCACAAGAGAAGAUGGAACUUACCAGUACACCUUCACAGGAAUCCGCAGGUGGGGAUCUUCAGUCUCCUUUAACACCAGAAAGUAUCAACGGGACAGAUGAUGAAAGAACACCUGAUGUGACACAGAACUCAGAGCCAAGGGCUGAACCAACUCAGAAUGCAUUGCCAUUUUCACAUAGUUCAGCAAUCAGCAAACAUUGGGAGGCUGAACUGGCUACCCUCAAAGGAAAUAAUGCCAAACUCACUGCAGCCCUGCUGGAGUCCACUGCCAAUGUGAAACAAUGGAAACAGCAACUUGCUGCCUAUCAAGAGGAAGCAGAACGUCUGCACAAGCGGGUGACUGAACUUGAAUGUGUUAGUAGCCAAGCAAAUGCAGUACAUACUCAUAAGACAGAAUUAAAUCAGACAAUACAAGAACUGGAAGACACACUGAAAGUGAAGGAAGAGGAAAUAGAAAGGUUAAAACAAGAAAUUGAUAAUGCCAGAGAACUACAAGAACAGAGGGAUUCUUUGACUCAGAAACUACAGGAAGUAGAAAUUCGGAACAAAGACCUGGAGGGACAACUGUCUGACUUAGAGCAACGUCUGGAGAAAAGUCAGAAUGAACAAGAAGCUUUUCGCAAUAACCUGAAGACACUCUUAGAAAUUCUGGAUGGAAAGAUAUUUGAACUAACAGAAUUACGAGAUAACUUGGCCAAGCUACUAGAAUGCAGCUAAGGAAAGUGAAAUUUCAGUGCCAACUAAUUAAAAGAUACACUGUCUCUCUUCGUAGGACUGUUUAGGCUCUGCAUCAAGAUUGCACACACACACACAAAAAUUUGAAUAUCACUCCUCCAGGAGGAGGAUCUUUUGAAAAUUGGAAUUGUAUAUUUCACUGUAAAUUUUAGAAUCCAGCUUGUAGCUAGUUGGGGAAAAAAGAGAUGAAAAACUUGAACUACAAAUUACCUCCAUGUAUAUUAUUGGCCAUAGUUAACUAGAAAGUUAUAAAUAGACACUUAAUGCAAUCUUUUUUCCUGAUAUUAGCCAAUGGGAGAAUUAACAAUGUCUAGGUCACAUCCCCUUUUUGUGUUCAACACAGUGAAGAUUAUCUGCUUUUUAAAUUAAUUUAUUUACGAUAUCUAGAGCUGUGUUUUGUGCAAAAACUUAGUGAUGAAAGCCUGUCUUUUGUUGUAAUCUGAAUAAUUUCUCAGGAUAUUUUUGCACUGCUGAAAAGCAGUGCCAUUACCAAUUAAUUCUUGCCAGGAGUGAGAGAGAGCUGUAUCUUUAAUUGAAAUAUACUAUAACUGGGUGUAUAGAGUUCUUCCCUUUUUUGUGCUGGAAGAUAUUUCACUCUGGUGACUACUCUGGUACACUCUGGUGUUCUCUAAUCUUGUCUGUUGUAUAGUUUACUUUUCCAUAUUGAUUCCAUGUAUUUAUGAGAAGAUAUUGUCUCCCAUUUUAUUACACAUUUUAAAGCCAACUAACGAAGGCAGCUGAGUCCCUCAGAAAUUUUUCUUUUUAAAUUUCUAAUAAAUUUGACACACAGUACUGAAAUACAGCAGCCCGUCAUUAACGGUCUGGUCUAGCAAUGUUAAGUAUAUUUACAGAAUAUGCAGUUACAUUUAUUUAUAUAUUUUGCAAGAAAUCUUUUCUGAAUGAUCAAUGCAUUUCAAUUUACGAAUAAUAAUGGUUAUUGGGGAACUGUUUAUUAUAGAUAAUUUUAAGGUGUAUAGCUAUUUUAAAGGGGGUCCAUUUACAUCAAACAGCCGAUCAGAGGACUCUAUCUAAAUUGUGAUCGUGGCAGAUAGAGAUGGAGUUGUGUACUCUAUCUGGCUCUACCCAUCAAUCACAUCUUGAUUCAAACCUCACAAGGCAAUAUUCUGAACUGUUAACUAGGUAUUUCAAAACAGGAAUUAAAUUCAAUAGGCUCUUCUCAGUGAACAGGUUUUAAUGUUGUUUUGAUGUAAUUUUAAAAGACUUUUAGCAAACAUGCAUUUCUUUAUAUAUUUCUUUUAUGAAGCUAUUUUAAAAGUAAGCCAAGUGCUGUCUAGUCUGCUUAUAAAGUAGGAAUUGCAUCAGAAUACAUAUAUUCUUGCUGUACAAUGCCUGUGAUGUUGAGGAGGGUUCUUUUUUAAAGUGUAUGCUUGAGUAUCUGACUCUAUGGAGUCUAUAAAUGCACUGACUUCUUGUUUGUACCCCAAAAUGAUCGAAUUGUUAAGUACAAAAUUAAGCUAAUUAACCAAUUUGUAACCAUUUUUUCACUCAUAAACAGCUACUCAAUACUAGACAAUUUUGUUUUUUAUGUAUGUGUAUGUACGUAAAUACAUACAUAUUAAUUUACAUUAGAGUGAAAAAUAAAUGGUUUGUUUCUGAAGUUAGUUUCUAAAGUGAAUUUUCAGGUGUCUCUGAAAAAUUUAUAACAAACAGUCAUCAUGUAUUAUAUGUGCUGUAACAUCAUGUACGUUACCUCCAUCUAUUUUAGGAUAUUUUCCUCACCUAUAUAUUAUAGGGAGAAUAAUUUAGAUACACAUGCUCAGAGCUGAGAUAUUUCUCUGAUAAAUCAGGUAACAAAGUGUAUUUGAUUGAUGGAAUUUUGAAGUAAAUGUGAUUUUAUCCAUCAGUUUCUGAGUAACAAAGAGCACCAAGUUUUAAUUUAAAUAGGGGAUUUAACACUAGGGAUCAGGGAGUUUAGUUAUGAAGAGUUAAAAGAAUUUAAAAAAGUGUAAGCUGUUGAAAUGGCAAGUGAAUUAUUUUAAUGAUGUAAUAAAAUAUUUUUAAAUUUUGACAUAGUGAUCAUUUAAUGAAAAAACUCACCAAAAUGUCUCCAUUUGAAUUGUAUUGAUAAUGUGGGACAUAUGUGUAAUUCAAUAUAUACAUAUACCCAUAUGUAUAUACAGAAAAUUAUUUUUAAUACUUUCCUACUGAUAUGAAAUUUAAAAUUGGAAAUUUUGUGAGUGUUUUUCUUGUCCAAUAGAGCCUAAUUGUUUCCUUUUUUAGUGAUUUAACAAUCUCUUGAGGGCUGCACCUUUAAAUUCCCAGAUUGUCAAUAGACAUGUACAGUAUAUGGGAUAAGGUGGACACAAGUGCAAAUAUAAAUAAAAUCUUCUUAAGACUUUUAACUAUUCAUUUACAGUAGGAGAGUAUGUAGAAAUCAUCAUCCACAAGUCAUAAUUAGGUUGUGUGCCUACUGUAGUUUUUUCCAUUUCUGUAUUAUAUAAACAUUUGCAUAUUAAAAUUUGAUUUUUCCCAGAGACAAGUAUUAUAUACUGUAUCUAUAUUUAAAUCAAACUGUGGUAAUAUAUUUCUCAGAAAAUAAUGUUGGGGACUAUAGCCUGAACAUGUGGACUUGAAGCGACAUGGAGGAGGAGGUUGAUCCCGUUGUGUAUAAGUUAAUAUGUGAUAACUAUUGAAUCUUGUACAAAAACAAAAAUUGAAAAAAAAAAAGAAAAGCAAAAAUACAGUUUUUAUUUUGAAAUACAUUUGUUCUCUGGAGAAUGUACUUUAUCUUUUUUUCAUCCAGUCUUUUACAGAUAUUUAAAAGCAUUUAAAUGAUGACAGCAUUUACUUAAAUCUUUCAGGUGCUACUGGAUUUUGCAUUAGUGUGUUAUGUUGUGAAAUCCUAACUUUGACAUAAAAGGUUUUAUAAGUA